CGCGCCAUCCUCGCGCCGCGAUCUCAGCAGUACACUCUGGCACCCCGGUCCCCGCGGUAUCGCUGCUGCGAACGUAUUAUUAUUAUUAUUACCAUCACAUCGACACGUUGUAAUUAGCCCGCGUGAGCAGAUCGCGGCGGAGACGCAUCGCUGGCACUCACACUCGCACUCGCGGCACACAGGCUUGUGACGAUCGUGUCGUUGCGUGGACAAGGCGUCGCAGAUGACCAUCAUCGCAGCCCGCCGAGACGACCACGCGCCGCAACACGGCCAUCACUGCAGAUUCGGCGGCGGCGAAAUCGUCGCCUCCUAAACAAAAAAUCUCCUCCGAAGGCCGAGUAAAAUAUAAUAAUAUUGUGUUAUUAUUAUAACUCUGUGGCUGACAAUAUUUGAGGUCGUCUCGGAAGCAGCAGUGUAGCCCAUAAGUAGUAAUAUGUGGACCCCGGUAACGUUUACAAGCGACAAUAGCGUUCCACCAUCAAGAUCUAAGCACAGCGCUGCUGUUCACGGUAACCACAUUUAUGUGGUCGGCGGUCGAAAUGGCAAUUGGCCCCUGAAAGACAUAUGGAGAUACGCCCUGUCGAAUAACACCUGGGAACAGUUGCACCCGACAGGAGAUUCAUUGCAAAAUUUGCAAGAACAUACAGCAGUCGUUUAUCAAGACAAGGUAUACGUUUUUGGCGGAGAAGUGGGGUUUUCGUCUGCCUCUGAGUCUCCACUAUGGUCUUACAGUAUUAAGGAUAAUCAAUGGAAAAAAGUCAAAGGAAAAUCCGGUUCAAAUGUACCAAAAGGCAGAAGAGGCCAUACUGCAUUAGUAUACAGAAAUUCAAUGAUUAUUUAUGGAGGAUAUAGAGACCUAAAAGGAUCCACGAAUGAAAUGUGGGCUUUCCAUUUCGAUACCGAGUCGUGGCAUUUACUUAAUCAAGGAAGAGUACUACCACCAGCGAGACACAAACAUUCAGCAAUCAUACACGACGAUGUUAUGUGGGUGUAUGGUGGAAUGACGGAUUUACAUGAAAGAUCAGAUUUGUGGAGAUUUGAUUUUGUGAAGAAAAAAUGGAGUGUCUUGAAGACUAAAGUAAAUCCAGGUUUAUUGCAUGGCCACUGUGCUUCCAAAGUGAUGGGUUCUAUGAUUAUAUUUGGUGGAAAAAAAGGAGGGCAGAUUAGUAAUGAUUUAUGGAAGUUUUAUUUCGCUACUGAAACUUGGGAAAAAGUGCACACCACCUAUCCACAGCCUCCAGCGAUCUGCGAAGCUGUGACGCUGACGGUGUCGGAAACGACCUCGACGUCAACGACCAAGAGUAGCCGCGAGAAUGGCGUACAGUCGCCCAUCGUGGUCCGGCGGUCCAGGAGCGGUCGAUCCGCGGACAGGCAACAACAGACCGGCAGUGGUGACCGGGAUCACGGCGGCCAACCGCAUCAAUGGCACCACCAGUGCCGGCCCGAAUCCCGUGCCUCGUCUUUGGGCGGCUCGAACGUGAACAUCCUGAAAGAGAUAUCCAAGCUGUCACAACUCAACCUGUACCGGCUGGCGCAUAACAAGACCUACAGCGUGCUGAGCAGCACGGACAGCGUGAUGUCCGCCGACGCUUCUCAUGUGCAGCAGCAACAGCAGAACAUGGUCAAGUCGCAAUCGGCAAAUGUUAUCGCCCGGUCGCUGAUAUCGCCGGUGGUGUCGAACGCUUCGCCUCCCGGCUACAAGUCAUCGUUCCCGCCGUGCAGAAUGCCCCGUGACCCCAUGUCCGUGCCCAAUUUUGGCGUGGCCUUGACCCCGGUCGAGGCUACCAAACUCGUGUACCUGGAGGGCGAGGAGGCGCCGAGCCCACGCGUUGAGUUCGAUCAGGACUUCGGGUCCGUGCACAUGCGGUUCCACCCCAACGGGCCGCUGUCGUCCGGGUCAUCGUCGCUCAACAAAACGCUCAACCGGCGCAGCUACCCGAUGACUAGCUCCGCGUCCGCCCGGUUCGGCAACCCGUACAGCACGCCCGAGGAACCGGGCGAAAUUACUUCCGGUUACGUCAGCAUCGAGACUGUGCACCAGUCACCUAACGGCGGUGACGGACCCAUGUGCUUCUCCAAUCCCAACUACAUGGUGGCUGACAUACAGAACGCCAUAUCCAAAGGUGACUACGUCAAGCUCAACAGCCCACCGGACAGCCUGCUGGAGGACAGCGACAACGCGUUCGAAAUGCGCGACAUGAACCGUCCGGCGCCGCCCAAAACUCUGGCGCUCAACUCGUCGACGGCGUUCAACUCGAGUUCAGACGUCCGGUCGUCGACAAAAGCGGCGCGGGCCGCGAGCGCUGGACGCGCGUCGGCUAUGGGUCGCGCCGCAGUCGUCGAGCACCACCAAGUCAAAGAGUACGCGGUGUACCUUUUGGGCGGCAUGGAACGCGACGGUUCCGUGACCGUGUUCAAAAAGCCCAUGGCCGUGUGGAAGCUCAGCAUGUUCUUCAGGAACGUGCAGUGACCACGAUAAAAAUGACGUUCAAGUGUAAUAAUGACGGGGAUGCCGUUAGUGGGGGGUGGGGUGUGGGGAGAGGGUUAUGUAAAGUGUACUUAGUGUCCACGUCGGUCAUUAGUUCAUUCUGAUUGGCGUUUAUCGACUAGGGGUAUAGCUACUGUUUACUUUGUAUAGUAGGUGUAUAUAUGAUAUAAUGAUGGGUAAGAGCACGAAAACUCGCGACAUACCUCGAACGCGGUAACGGGACCGCGCGAAAAACCUGCACGACUGCGCCGCUGCAACCCGUGGACUGUGGUCAGUGGUUUUUACUUCAUGAACAAAUGCGAUUGGCGUCGUGUGACUUGAUUUACUUAUAGCGAUUUUAGGUAUAUUACUUAUAAUAUAGCGUAUUAAUUAAUUAUAUUAUUAUUAUUAUUUAUUAUUUAUUACUAUUAUAUCAUCGUUUCUCUUACGGUUUUCUUUCUUAACGACGUUAAGACAAUACACGCAUGAUUACGUCCGUAUAUCAUAAUAUCAAAUUGUUUUCCACAAAUCAUUAUCUGCAACGUUCGUGCGCGGGGAAAAGUAAUUGCGUAAAGUGGAUUUUGUCCGUCCGGCGUCAUAGCGUCCGUCCGUCAACAGGCACGACUCCGUGUAGGUAAGGAACUCAGACGAAUACUUUACAAACCGAUUCACGUAAUAUAACAAUAAUUAAUUAAUUAAUGCCUUUGGGAUUUUUCUUUUUCGGUAAAUACUUUAACGAUGUACCAUGUAAUAUUAAUGAAAUGUUUACGAGUAUGUCUGUAGUAUAUGUAUAGAUGAUAUACCGCAGAUGUAAUGAGACAGAUAAUAUAUUAAUACACAGACAUAAGAUGAGACAGAAUGUACGUAAAUAUUAUGUAAUGAGCACGUGUAAUUUUCGCGAGCUAAUAAAAUGUGCCAAAAUCAAAAUAUUAACUGUAGUUAUUUUAUUUUGCUAAGAACAAUUAUCAAAAUAUCUUCCGUAAGUACCUAUAGGUACCGAUAGUUAGUAAAAACCAUGUGCCAUUCGUUGUAUUUCUGCUCUUGAUAUACCUAGAUUAUAUUUUAUUCUAUGUCGAAGUCCAGUUUUAUUGUUUUAAAAUCCUUUUUGUACUUUUUUUCUAAACAGUGACUGAAAUCCUGCCAUUUUUAUCGUUCAUAUUGAUUAAAAACUUAAUAUUUUUAACCAUGUUGUCGAGUUUAAAAUGAUGUCUCGUUAUUCAAGUGGUAGAAUGGAAUGGAGUGUAUAAUAUCAUACCAUAUUAUGGUGAUAUUCACUCGAUUUAAAUAUUACAC